CCUUCCCUUCAUCCACUGUCAGACGUCAUAUCAUUGGCAAAUUUGUUUUGUUUGUGCUGCAGUCACUCAUGUUUGUAAACAAUUUCGUCAAGAUUUCUGUUGAUUAAUUUCGCGCAAUUCCUAACUCAUUCUAUUUACGUUUCAAGUUGUAAGUUCCUUUCUAAUCACCGUUGACGUCAUUGAAACUUUGGACACUGCCAUUAAGGCGGAAUUGCCGCGAUUCGUGAUUUUCGUCCUAAAGCAGAUGGAAUUCGAAGGCGGUAUGCGUUUAGUUGUAAUUUUCGGGCUUUUCUUGUCAUGCUGUAGUAGGAAAAGAGCUUAAAAUGAGAUGAUUGGCGUGCGCAAUAAAGUAUAAAACGAGAACGUUCCCUGCGCGCAAAAUUCUAGUGAAACAUGGACGAGGAACUUAUCAAGGAAGUGGAGCAGCACGCAGUUAUCUACAACCGGCAGAAGUACUUCCUGAAUAACGUUGGGCCUGGACAGUAUGAGACUAAAGACGAGGCGUGGAGUACAAUCGCUCAUAAGUUGGGAACAGACGUUGAGACCUGCAAAAAACGAUGGAAAUAUCUGCGCGAACGAUACGUGCAGCAGCUCAAGCAAGGCAUCCCGCCGACCUACGAACACCUUUCCCGCCCUUAUCUUGAGAAAAUGAAGUUUCUCGACCAACACAUUCAACCGAGGAAGUCAUAUAGGAACAUGUCGAGCUUUUUGCCGUCACCGAAUGCGUCUUUUGUCGAAUAUAUGGAUUCACGGUCGAAUGGCUCCAUGCAUAACAACAGUACCCCAUAUCCAAACUAUCACGAAAAUAUGGUAUCUAAUAUUAAGGUCGAACCAACAACAUUCCAAAACUUUGCAUCUGCAAGCAGCGGUACCUCCCCCACGGAUCAACAUAACCCACCAUCAUCUCAUCAUCCCCCCAAUUCGAGCACUGCUUCGUCAGCAACCCACCCAAACCCGCAAUCUAAUCAUUCCGGUCCGCAUUCCAGCGAUAACCGCGAAAACGAUGUCAUCCCACGCAUUCCAUCGUCAUCUUCGUCCCUUAAAUCCCCACUGUCCUCGCCUCAAGCGUCCGGUCAUCAAGAUAUGAAUGAAAGCAUGAAACGAGCGCGGUUAGCUACGAAUCCGAUUCCGCGACGAAAUGAAGAUCCAGACGACUCGUCAGAUAACGAUGAAGGUCCUCCGCACCCAUCGCUUCAGCAACGACAGCAGCAGGAAUUGCUCAUGAAUGAAACAUUGCGACGGAGGAACUGCCGGAAUGAUCCCUCACAGCCACCGAGUAAUGAUUUCCUCUAUUCAUUUUACCAAAGGUUCAUGCCGCCGAAUCAGAUGAGAUGUUCGGAACAACUUCUCGGGGAGCUAGUCACCUCAGAGCUCCUGAAGAUGAGCAAGGAGAAGCGCAAGAUUGCGCAGCGACGCAUUCUGGAAGUUUUGUUUUUCGAUGACUGAUAGCGGGGGAACGAUAUCAGUUCUGAGGAAUUUGAUAUGCAAAUGAUUAGGCACACACAAUUCAAUUGGUCACAAAUGGUUUGGAAUCGUCCCAACGAGUGCACGUUGGGUUUGUUUUAGUCCUUGUUCAUGCGGGUGGGUUUCAAACGUUAUUCCGCGCGAUCUUAUCACGUUGUAGAUUUCCAUUCAGACUUUUUUUCCGUUAAAGUAUUCUGCACCGCUUUUAUUUCGAAUUGUGUGAGAAAAUGCUCCCCAAAAGUUUACCAUAUUUAAAUGAAAAUUAGCUUUGUUACCGUCGAUUUCGUUCUUUAUUCGAUUAAGUAUGUAUUUUAGGAAUAGCUGAAAGUGUUACAAAAAUGUAAAAGUCAGAAAUAUAUUUAGAUAUUGUGAUGAUUCUUGUGAAUUAGGUUACAUAUGAACAUAUAUGUGAAAUGCGACAGACAUGUCGAAAUAAAACGAUGAAAGCAUUUUAUACAAG